CCACGUCCUGUGGCCCACCAUGCUGCUUAACUACUGACCACGAUGUCUAAUGAGACCCGCUCGACGCUCAUUGAGUUCGCGCCCUCCGUGCCCAUCUCAUUUCCUCUCCGCAUCUUCUCAGCCCUGCGAGCUCUCAUCUGGGUCACGCUCAUCAACGACAGCCCGCUGACAUGGUGGUGCCAACAGGGGAGGAGGAACGAGCGGGCGGACAUGGAAGGCCCAGUGUAUGUCCCUGGUGCUCCUGACCGCAUGUUGGAGCCAGGUAAGGCAGUUUUGGCCACCGUAGACGAGCUGAAAAAAUUCAAGCCGUUCCUGCUGCAGGUGAUAGUCCGCACGCCACAUGGAGACCCGCUGCCGCACGCGACGAUCGACUUCUGGCAGGCGACGAGCGCAGGCGAGUAUGCGUACCGGUCGUACGCGCUCCGCGGGCGACUCACGACGGGCGCGGACGGCAGCGUUGAGGUGCUGACCAUCUCGCCGGGCGACUACGGCGCCGGCGCCGCCCUGCGCACAGGACAUUUCCACAUGAUGUUGCAGGACGCCGAGGGCCGACGCGAACAGCUCACGACGCAGCUGUACGUCUGCCAAGCGAACAACGUGAAGGGCAUGAACAAAGACUUCCUGAACUACUUCCGCAAGAGCCGUCCACAGAAUAUGCUUCGCGCGUGGUCGAUCCCGGAGAAUAAUGGCGGCAAGGCAUUCAACGAGUUCCCAAAGCUGCCUUCAGACGAUAUCGAGAGUCUGAAGCGCAUCGAGUGGUGGAAUGCUAGGCUUGCCGAGCAGGGUGCGGGAAUUAAGAUCGUCGCCGGUGGGCGGACGGAGAUUAAGUUGAAUGAGAAGCCGGGAUGGCUUGGCUUCUGAACUAGUGGUCUUGGUACGGCGGAAUGCUAUUUAUCUCCACUCGUGGCAGGUUCUCUUGUGUUUCGCUGAAUUUUUCUCUCAUUUGAGGCUCGAGUGCAUUGGGCUUUCGUGUUUCUGAUUUUGCAAAGUGAAACGGCUGCGUCAAGUCUGUAAAACCGGCGACUUUGGCCUACAAUCCGAAGAUUCUUUGAUUGGCUAUUGCUGAAUAACAGCGGCGGUGCCUGGCGGUGCGUGUAUGA